AGAACUACAAAACGAAGGUGAUAAUACAAGUUGUUAUUGGGAUAGUUGGAUUCAUCAUAAUAACUGUUAGUUUCCGUCUCUAUGUUCUUAAGAACGAGAAAAAGGAACAAAUACCUCAAAUCAACACUGUUGAGAUUGUGUUGGAUGUUCCUGAAUCAUUACGAUACACCUUCAACUCAGUGAAGAUAGCAACAAACAAUUUCUCCGACGACAAUAUCUUGGGAAAAGGUGGAUUUGGAAAUGUUUACAAGGGCAUGCUCGAAAACGGACAAGAGAUAGCUGUAAAAAGGCUAAAAACGGUAUCUACUCAAUGUGGCAAUGAAUUCAAGAAUGAGGCUGAGCCACCCCCGAAACUUAAUCAUUGUAACUUGGUUCAACUUUGUGGGUAUACCAUUGAAGGCAUCAUGCGCCUUCUAAUUUAUGAGUUACUGACACAUAGAAGUCUUGAUAAAUACAUAUUUGAUUCAUCUAAGAGUUCCAUUCUUAACCGGGAAAGACACCACAACAUCAUCAUAGAUGUUGCGAGUGGACUACAUUACCUCCAUGAAGGAAGCCGUGAACGGAUAUGUAACGUUUCAUAUUUUUGUAAUUCUUUUUGUUUUAUUGUAAUUCGUAUCUUACAUUUUAAUAUUUGUAAUUCCGGGACUUUGAUCAUAAUGAAAAUUGCUUUUUAUAUCAUACUUGUUUAA